GGAGGGAAGGAGGCGAGAAAGACGAGGAGGAGAGUGAAACUGAGGUCGUGGGUGAAAUGUGGUGGAGGGACAUCGGUCCCAGUUGCACUUUUUCUCUCGCUGCCUCUGCAAUGGGUUGCUUUGAAUUCGCUGAUUGAUCCGAAGAGCUUGUGUUGAUCUGCUCCUGCUCCUGCUGCUGUCUUCGAGUGGUGUGGAUUUCCUGUCGUUUGUUCGGUCGCUUGGGGAUGUAGGACGGCGUGGAGACGCAGAACGAGACGAGAGGACCGGGGAGGAGAGUGGAGAGGAGAGGCGAGGCACAGACAAGAGAAGGAAGAAGAAGAGGAAAUUUUACUGCUAGCUGGUCGACGGACUGGCUGAGUGAGUGAAUGUUGACGCUGGAUGGGCGCACUUGAUCUGGAAUUAGAGAUCGAAGAAGAGGAAGAGGAAGAGGAAGAGGAAGGGGGAGAGGAGGAGGAGGAAGAAGAAACUACGGUUCUUGAGUGAUUUGAGAUUCAGAGGUUGUCAGAUUAUCGAGAGGUUUGAUUCGCUUCAACUUUCUUUCGAAGAGUUGUAGGACCAGACGUGGGAUCAGUCUGAAAUUUAGAAAGCAGAAAGGUGCCAAACCAACAAAAGAGGAAUAGAAAGAGCGCAUCAGCCCAGUGUGUCGUAGAUUGUUGGAACUUGUUCUUAUAAACUUACAAACGCAAAAAGGAAGCUGACUGUCCACUCUCUGUCAAUCUUGUCCUCAUGAGAACUUGCCUCGGAUGUACGAUAUGUGAGAAGGUAAUCCGUUUCUGGAUUUUACUUUGUGGAUGUCUCAUCCCUGACCUGGAAAUUGGACGUGAUCUGGGAGCGUCCCAGCUAUUAAUGUCUAAGAAAUCCGAGAGCAAAAAGGAAGAAGCCCUGAGGUCGCGAGGUGAAAGAGUGCCGCUGAAAGAUGUGGUGGCUGAUUGCGAGAGGCGUUGGUUCGAAGCCACUCUGAAGGCUGCCCGGAGUGGGGAUGUCAGUAUGCAAUCUCUUGUCGGACAGAUGUUCUGUUCCGGUUACGGAGUCGCUCCGGAUCUGAAGAAGGGUAGGUUGUGGCUCCAAAAGUCUGCGGAAGUAGACAAAGAUGCAAGGGUACUUCUAGCGUCCUUAGCCGAGUCGAACGGAGAACCUUGGACUAUGUACACAAACAGCUUCAAAGAUAACCAAAAUAUAGUUGCCAUGUUUCAUAGCGUGGGCAAUUCUGUGGAUCCUCCUAGUGUAGAUUGAUUCUGAAGAACACCCGCUGUUAAUAAAAGUACACCUUCCAAAGGUGGAGAAGAAGGGUUAGUCCGUGCUGGAGACCGAGGGCUGCCUAGGUUAUUUGCAAGGCAAGUGAUAUUUAAGAGCAUGCAGAGGAACCCGAGCCCUAUAUGCAUCUUGCACAUCCGUGGUUGCGAAAUUGGGUGCUGGACGUAUGUCAAGGGUUAUGCCAUAGGCAUCUGGAAGGUUAUUGCGGAAUCUACGAUCUAUCCUUGUCGCUCCUGGCGAAGAACAACCCACAGUUGCUUCUGAAUUCUGAUUGAUUUUUGUGUAUAUUAUCAGUAGAUAUUACCUCAUAGAACAGCAGCCUACCAAGCAAAAAAGAGUGACUUGUAUACUAGGCAUUGUCCGAGGGGUGUGGAAUUGUUGGUAGCUGCACUGAUUAUUCAAUCUUUCUGUGGGUCUUUUAAAAUAAAGAAACUUUUCAUGUGC